GCCGAGAGCCGAGCAGUCAACAGGCGCAGAUCAGUCGCAGUUCGCUUGUCAGUCGCGUCGCGUCGCCUCGCCAGCUGUGUGGGUGUCUAGCCAAGUCUCUGAGUGAUCCGAGCAGCUGUAUCUGUAUCCAAAUACAUAACUGUAACUGUAUCUCUGACAAAAGCCGCGCAGCCGUCGGCAAACACUGUUGAGCGAAAUGAGCGCCGAUACGAACACGGAACGCGCCAAGCCCGUGGAGACUUUAGUCCUGGCCAACUAUGCCCUGAAGGCCGAGCAGAAACGCGCCGCCGGCCAAGGCGGACGCAAGGAGGAUGAGCGCAUCACCAGCGCCGUCAUGAAGGUCCUGGAGGGAUACGAUUGGAAUCUGGUCCAAGCCUCCGCCAAAGCACCCUCCGAUCGCAAAAAGGAGCACAUCAAGCGACCUAUGAACGCUUUCAUGGUCUGGGCCCAAGCAGCACGUCGCGUCAUGUCCAAGCAAUAUCCGCAUCUGCAAAACUCGGAGCUGAGCAAGUCGCUGGGCAAACUGUGGAAAAAUCUGAAGGAUAGCGAUAAGAAGCCGUUCAUGGAAUUCGCCGAGAAGCUGCGCAUGACGCACAAGCAGGAGCAUCCCGACUAUAAAUAUCAGCCGCGGCGCAAAAAGGCUCGCCUCAUGCCACAGUCGGAGGCAGCGGGCACGGCAGCAACUGUUGCUGCCACGCCAGCAACAACCACAGCAGCAGCAACAGCAACUUCUACUACGGCGCGUCGCAGCUCCGGCGGCCAAGCACCGCAGCGCCGCACGAGCAAGGCCAGCAACAACAGCUGCGCCAGCUCCACUCUCUGCAGCGCCAGCAACGGCAGCAACGGCAGCAAUGGCAGCACUGCCACCAGCACCAGCGACGUCUUCAGCAACGAGGCAUUCAUGAAGUCGCUGAACAGCGCCUGCGCGGCCAGCCUGCUGGAGCAGGGCCUCUCGCUGGGCAGCGAAACGGAGCGCGGGCUGCUCGACUCGCCGUGCUCGACGGCCAGCUCGAUGUCAUCGCUGACGCCGCCAGCCACGCCCUACACGGGCGUCGCCAAGCAGACGACGGGCAACAGUUUGCUGCUGCGGCAGCUGAGCGAGCCGAGCAGCGGCGGCGGCGCCGGCAACAACAACAACGACUACGGCGUGCUGCUGGACGCGGGCCGGGAAUAUAUUGCGCUGGGCGAGCUCAACUACACAGCACAGAACGGAAACGGAGUGAGUGUGGGCGUUGGCGUGGGCGGUGUGCAGGAGAUGGACUUUCUGGAGAACAUCAGCGGGUAUGGCUACGGCACGCGUGGCAGCUACACCAGCUACGGCUACAACGGUAGCAGCUUUCCAGCUGCCGGCGCGGCAUCAGCGUCACACGCCAAUGGAGCGCUAAAUUACUUGGGCAAGCCGGCGGCAGUCGACAUUGAUCCCAAGGAAAUGGACCAGUAUCUUAUGGAUCAAAUGCUGCCCCUAACGCAGCAGCAUAUGCCGAACGCGCCCGCCGCUGUGGCCGCACACUCGCCGCCGCUCAACUCAUCCGCCUCGCUGUCUUCGGCCUGCUCCAGCGCCAGCUCCCAGCCCGUCGAGUGCCUGGCCUCCCCGGGCGCCUACUACGACCACAUGGGCAGCUACCCAGCGCAGGCCCAGACUAAUAAUAUUGGCUAUGCACACUAUGUGCCUGAAUCCCCACAGCAGCAGCAGCAGCAGCAGCAACAUGAUCAACAGCAACAGCUGUCGCAGCAGCAGCAACAGCAGCAGCAACAUCUUUGGGGCACUUAUGUGAAUCCCUAAGCCACUUCAUUUGCUGCUGACCUUUACGGGAGCAGUCCGUGGCUUUCGUUUAUUGCUUUAUUGUGUCGUGCAAUCGUCGGAGCAUGUUGUGCAAUUUAAGCUAAUCGCAGCUAUUCUCGUUUAUGGCCAAAUCGUAGAUGCAGCCUCCAAUAGCCAACAUUGAUGAAUGCACAAACGAUGCUCGACACUCAUAGCACUAUUUACGAGCAUUCCCCACUUGCAAAUUGGAUACCAUUGUGCCAUGACAGUUGCGUAGCAGAGCAGAAUUGAUAUGAAAAUGGCAUCGGUUACCAUUUUCGUUAGCCAAAUUGGGUAGGGACGCAGGGGGUGGGUCGGGGUAAGCGAGAAGUUUAUUAUUAUUGAAUCGAUUGCUUGGCUUUCAUUCGAGUGACAUUCAGAUGCUGCAUGCGUGCAUAAAUCUUUAUUUAUUCAAUCGCCAAUUCAUGAACGAGCACUCCGAGCAAAAGAUGUGCAUUCGCUCUUAGUACAAUAGUUGCUUGAUCUUAAGAGUUAUCGAUAGGGACUUAGUCUAAGAGUAUCAAAA